GUAACCAACAGUUGGAGAAGACGAUCUAACGAUCUUCUGUUCCUGACACUUGCCCGCAUCUUGUUUCCCAAACGAGGUCCACGGCGGUCUGCCAUAUGUAUAGGCUGUCCACACGUUCUUUAUUCAUCUGGACUGUCCUCACAUUCACUCUCAGCGUACUUCUUGCCUGGCGGUAUCUGAACACAAGCACGAUGGCACCAAAUAAGGCUGCUUUGAUCGUCCCCGCAUUGAAGAAACAGACUGCCACAGUGAUCAUGGCGCAUGGUCUGGGCGACAGUGGCGCAGGUUGGGUGUCGCUUGCAGAGACCUGGCGAAGAAGGGGGAAAUUCGACGACGUCAAAUUCAUCUUCCCGAACGCUCCCAACAUUCCAAUUACUGUCAACAUGGGGAUGCACAUGCCGGGGUGGUAUGAUAUCGUAAGACGCCGUGACGAUACCAACUUCAGUGACCUGAACCAAGCGCACGACGAAACAGGCAUCUUGCGUAGCCGCGCCACUUUGACGAAGCUCAUCACGGAUGAAGUAAAAGAAGGCAUUCCAUCGGAACGUAUCAUUAUCGGCGGAUUCUCACAGGGAGGCGCUAUAUCGUUGUUUACAGGCCUCACAACGCCUCAUAAACUCGCAGGAGUAUUUGGGUUGAGUUGCUACUUGGUACUGGGAAACAAGAUAAAGGAAUUUGCCCAAGAGAGCAAGGAUGCCAAUAAAGACACUCCAUUCUUCAUGGCGCAUGGCGACGCAGAUGAGGUGGUAAAGUAUAGUUGGGGUCAACAGUCAGCACAAGUGUUGAACAAGGAUCUGGGACAUAACGUGGAGUUCAAGACAUAUCGGGGUCUAACACACUCGGCCGAUAUGAAGGAGAUUGAUGACUUGGAGCAAUUCAUCAAGUCCUGCUUGACACGUGCAGAAUCGCUAUGACGUUGCUCUGAGCGUGGGAGGGCUGAGACUAGCUGCACCUCUGUUCCUGACCAUACCCACGGCCUCUGAGACCCUUCUUGGUUCUUCCCAUAACGACAAAUUAGAAGAAAAUUCAAGGCUGAUGAAAUGAUGCAUAGCGGGCAUGAAGAUGCAAGCGUAAGAUAGGAGUGUACUCGGGUGAUAGUAUUGGGAUUUGAAGAACUACAUGUGAAUCCUAUCUUGAACGCUGAACGAUUCGACUUGUAAAAG